ACCCCUGCCGGCAGCCCGGAAGUGUAUGCGCGCCGGCAAGAUGGCGGCUGCGGCGGUCCAGCUUUGGGGCCUGCUCCGCCCGUGUCGCGCGCUGCUGUUCCUCUCGCAGUUCUACAUCCUGUCGGGCGGUGGGGCCUUGGACGUGGAGCGCUCGCAGCCGCCGGCCCCGGCGGGGAAGGACCCGGGCCCGACACGCGCUUUCACGGUGGUUCCCGGGGCGGCAGAAAGUACCGACAUCCCACCUUAUGUGAUGAAGUGUCCCAGCAACGGUCUGUGUAGCAGACUUCCCGCAGACUGUAUAGAGUGCAAGACAAAUUUCUCCUGUGUCUAUGGGAAGCCUGUCACUUUUGACUGCACGGUCAAACCUUCUGUUACCUGUGUUGAUCAAGACUUCAAACCCCAAAAGAGCUUCGUCCUCAACAUGACUUGCAGAUUUUGCUGGCAGCUCCCGGAAGCUGAUUACGAGUGUUCCAGCUCCACCAGCUGCAUGACAGUGUCCUGUCCUCGGCAGCGCUUCGCCGCCAACUGCACCGUGCGGGACCACGUCCACUGCCUGGGUAACCGUACUUUUCCAAAAAUGCUGUACUGCAAUUGGACAGGAGGUUAUAAGUGGUCGACUGCCCUGGCUCUGAGCACAAUGAGAUUAACAUUUACCAGCAACUGAGAAUUCCCAAGGCAGCAACAGUACAUAAACUAAGCUGAAGAUUGUCCUCUCGGUGCCCCUGGGGUCAGCCCUGGGCUCUGCGCCCUCUGAACGAGCAGUUAGAGGAUUGUCAAGGUCAGUGGUUCCCCCCUUCUCAGGAAACUCAGUCUGAGAGCAGUUAAGGUGCCUGUGAACAGAGCCCUGACUCUCUCCUUUGGGACCGCGAGUCUCUCCCCUGCUGUCCUGGGAGUCCCGGGAGUCAGGACCGUGCUUUGUUCUCCUGUCUGUACCUGGAACCCUGUGGAUUCUUUUGAGGCAGCAGAUGUGGUGGGCACUAGGGAUGCCCAUAACCUUUCCACAUCACCCAGGCGUCUUCACUGUCCCCUUAUUGUGAGUGUGACUGAGAAGAGGUCCAUACAGCCUCAGGCAAGGCACGGGCAGAGGCAGUGGGGUGGGGGCGCCUCCCGCACAGUGGUUGGGGGCAGCAUUGGGUCAGCAGGUCCGGCUCUGGUUCUGUAGCUCAGCUAGAGCCUACAUCUUCAGUCUUCCUGAUAUGAGACUUCUCACAGCCACCAGUAACCCCUCCCACCGAAGCCAAACUGAGUGAAUCUGUGGGUUCACGGCACGGGCUCAAACAUGAUCUAACUGGGGGUCCGUUUUAUGAAGAAGAAACAAAACUAAGCAGAAAGGUGAAUAUUUAAUGUGAAAAAAAGUAAGAAAAGAAGUCACAGGAAAGAACAAAUUUGAAACCUCAAGCAUUACAACAUUCUGAAAAAUCACGUAAUUU